CAGAGCAUAAAAAAUUUAAAGCCAAUGGCGAUCCCAACAGCGCUGAUCCUUUCUUUCUUCCUCCUCUUCCUCUCCUACUCCACCAUCGCUCUUUCCGGCGAUGAAGAUUGCGUUUACUCGGUCUACAUAAGAACCGGAUCCAUCUUAAAAGGCGGAACCGACUCCCUCGUCAGCCUAAGACUCUACGAUGUCUACGGUGAGUUCAUCGAGAUCAACAACCUGGAAGCUUGGGGUGGAUUAAUGGAGCCAGGACAUAAAUAUUACGAGAGGGGCAAUUUGGACAUUUUCUCUGGUAGGGGACAUUGCUUGGCUGCUCCCAUAUGUGCCAUGAACUUGACCUCGGAUGGUUCGGGUGCGCACCAUGGAUGGUACUGUAACUACGUGGAAGUCACCAUGACUGGCGUCCAUACGCCUUGUAGCCAGCAGCAGUUCACGGUGGAGCAAUGGUUGGCGCUCGAUACCUCACCCUACGAGCUCACUGCCAUGAGGAACUAUUGUCCCACGGAGUUUCCUGUUGAUCGACGUGAUCGGAAGCCCAGCUCUAGCAUGUGAUGAGGCUUGUAUUUAAUUAAUAUAUAAUAAUUAUUAUUUUAAUAAUGAUGAUUAAUGGGGAUUAUCAUGCUGAUUAGAGGGGGGUUAUGGUUUGAUUUUGUAUGACCAGCGGCAGUUUGGUCAUGUAAUGGGAAAUUUUGGAUCAAAGAUGUUGCCAUGUUGGAUUUACCAUGUUCAUCAUCAUGUUGUCAAUGGAAAUUGUAAGAAAAGGUUGGCACUUGCCGUUACCUUAUCAUAUAUAGGCCUCCUUGCGGCAGCAUCUAGUUCUCAUUAAAUGAUAUUAUAAGGUUAUUUCUAUACUUGUCAUGGUAAUAGUUAAUGAUCAUCAGGUCAGAUUAUUUAAGUGAAAUUUCGAUAUUAAAUAUUGGGAAUAAGUCUGAAAAAA